GGGACUCAGAGUUUAAGGCUCCUCUCCCAUAGAGCAACUCUGCACAACCCAAGCAGACCAACUUUGGGACUUUGAAUGAACGUAUUUACAUCCACCUUUCUCUUCAUGUCGACUUUUCUGGAAACAUUCACACGGAUGCCAUGGUUACUCCUACCACGAUCUUACAGGUGAACAAGGUGAUGUCCAUCUUGUUUUAUGUGAUAUUUCUCGCUUAUCUUCGUGGCAUCCAGUCUACCAACAUGGAUCAAAGGAGUUUGCCAGAAGAUUCGAUAAAUUCCCUUAUUAUCAAACUCAUCCAGGCAGACAUUUUAAAAAACAAGCUUUCCAAGCAGAUGGUAGAUAUUAAGGAAAACUAUCAAAACACGGUGCAGAAAGCAGACACUCAGCGAGACGUGGACGGAGAGGAAAAUGUGAAAUCAGACUUCCAGCCAGUUAUCUCAGUGGAUACAGAUCUCUUGAGGCAGCAGAGACGCUACAACUCUCCCCGAGUCCUCUUGAGUGACAACACGCCGCUGGAGCCGCCGCCGCUGUACCUCAUGGAGGAUUAUAUUGGGAAUUCCGUGGUGAACAGAACCUCCCGGCGGAAGAGGUACGCGGAGCACAAGGGCCACCGAGGGGAAUAUUCCGUUUGUGACAGUGAAAGUUUGUGGGUCACGGACAAAUCCUCUGCCAUCGACAUCAGAGGACACCAGGUAACUGUUCUGGGAGAAAUUAAAACGGGCAACUCUCCAGUUAAGCAAUACUUUUAUGAAACGAGGUGUAAAGAAGCCAAGCCCGUGAAAAACGGCUGCCGUGGCAUCGAUGACAAGCACUGGAAUUCCCAAUGCAAGACAUCCCAAACUUAUGUUAGAGCACUGACUUCAGAAAACAACAAACUGGUAGGCUGGAGAUGGAUAAGGAUAGACACCUCCUGCGUGUGCGCAUUGUCGAGGAAAAUAGGAAGAACAUAAAUCUGCAUCUCUUUGCUAUAUAAAUUAUUACUUUAAAUUAUAUGAUAUGCAUGUAGCAUAUAAAUGUUUAUAUUGUUUUAUAUAUAUUAUAAGUUGACCUUAUUUAUUAAACUUCAGCAAAUCUACAGUAUAUAAGCUUUCUCUCUCAAUAAACAAGAGCAAAGGGUGUGUGCCUCUGCUGUGGGCAACUCCAGGUUUUUUUUAGACUAUGUUUGUGACACUGCUUGUCGGCAGCAUACCGUAACCUUCCUGUAAAAUCUGUGUAAAAUCAGUAUUUUUCAUUCAGUAUUGUCAAACCAGUGACUGUCAUUUAGUAAACUUGUUAAAAAUCAGAUCAAUGCCAAGAGUUGUGUACAUAUUUAUAUUCCCUGCUCUAUACAUUCACAUUUAAUUGGAUGCAAUGUUGACUCCUCACUGCCAAAACAAACAUGGACCAAAGUGCUGUAGCCUGCAGAUGAUGUCAAAUUUACAGACAUCAGGUAGCCCUAAAAUAAAGUUUCUGUGUAUUAUGCCAGUUUUGCCAGUGAAAUUACCAUUUUUCCUCUGUUAGCAUUUCAGGAUGGCUGCUAAUAAUCCAGCAACUUCCGUUUAUGUUUCUAAAGCACAUUUGUUUUGCAACUGUUUCUAAUGCUGCCAGGGCAUCAUUGAAAAAAUAUGAAAAAAUAUAAAAUAUUUGUAGCUGAAACUUACUGAAGCCAAGGACCAAUCUAAACGGAUCAUUAAUAUAAUACAUGAAAGACGGUUUAUUGUGAUCAACCUCCUUCUCCUCACAUGAAUCAUUAUCUUCUGCUUGCAUUACUGGAUCAUUUCUCUCUGUCAGAGUUUUUAAAUUAGAAACAAAGCUGGUGGUGUCUCAACCUGAAAAGAGCCCUUGGCUUGGAAAUUGUAGAAAAGAAAGAUACGAUAUCCUGGCAUGGAUAUCAAAGCCACACACCCAUAAAAAGCCAUUCUUCUCAACAAUCCAUUUCUCAUUUUUCACAGGGCGAAAAAUGUUUAGAACUGCUGGAGAAAGCUGGUACCUUUCACAGGAACUUGAAAUGGAUGGUGACUAAGAUCCACAGAGUCUGUAGUGAUAAUGAAGUUCCUCAAUUAAACAGAUUUGUUGCUUAGGACAGACAAAUGUACUUGCAAAUAUAUACCUCAAACUCUUCUUUGGAUUGUCAUGUAGCUCCACUGGGGACAGGAAUAAUGACACUACUUGAAGAGAAGGUCUAUUACACGUUAGCUGUGUAAUGCCCUGGAUGGGAUCCCACUCCCAUAAAAUAAAGGAGAGUCCAUGGCUAUCAACAGAAUUAAGACUGGACUGCAUGUUUUCUGUGUCCAGAUAGAUCUAACACCCAGGCAGGGCUGGAGAACACCAGCCACUCAAACAGCUUUACAGCUGUAGUGUCUGAAGGUUUUCCACUCUGGCUUUCACUCCGUGUGAAUCACAAGUGAAAACGAGAUCAGAGCACUCAAACCCGAGGUUUCAGGAUUCUUUUGUUCGUACAGCUUUCACUCCUGGAAAACCAGCUUCAAACCUGCAGCAGGCCGUGACAGGCAGCAAAUUGUGUGGUCUCCCCUAAUCCCUUACAGAGAGCGUUACACACCAUAAAACCACCGGAGAAACAGACAGGUUGCCCAUGAGGCCUAGCACUGGAAUAGUUGUGUCUCUGGAAACCAGGCUGGAGUGUGUAGGUUGUGUUUCUGCAGGGGAGGCCAUAAGCAAGGUUUCUGAGAACCAUCUCAAUUCUCAACGUGAGGCCAGGGUAUUUACCUCCCAGGAAGUGUCAUCACCUUGCAGUACUAAAUCCUUACUUUGCUUCAAGCAAUAAGAACUUCAGAGGUUCCAUACCAAGGCAAUCGUCAAAAUGAGAGGAUGCAAUAUAACAGAGAACUCAGUAUCUGAUAGAUCUGACUAGAAUAUUUCCAGUUUUCUCAUUCCCUGGCAAACAUUAAAAAAAAAAAAAAUCCCCCACAGAGCUUUUGCUAGUUUUACUAGUAGGAAAGCUUAAAUUUCAACUAAAAUUUUUUAGCUUGGGGGUAAAAGCAUAUUUUUCAGAGUCUUGCCCCGCUGGAUUUUUUUUGCAAGUUAAAAGCUUAAUUUUGCACCCUGAAUUCCCAAAUAAAGAUCAUUUGCAGAUGCUGGGAGUAAUUGAGAGCUGAUAUUGUCAUAGAUCAUUAAGUUUAGAAAUCUUGUUUCACCAUGCCAGACAGGUCUAUCUCCAUGUGAGAAGAGGAGGUAAGAAGACUAACUUAGUUUGGUUAAAUCCUAUUAAUCACAAACUACCUUGUUGCUGCAGGGAGGAUGCCACUUUUAUUUACAUCACUGUAAAUCCAGAGAAACUCUCUUGAAGACAGUGGAGAAAAUGUAGCUUUAUAGCGAUGUAAACAACAUCAGAGUUGAUCCUAAUACCGUAGUUUCUUCUCAGUGAAAAUCAAGGGAGGUUCGUUCUUUAAAGGUUCAGAGAAAACCAGUUGUCGUUUUCCACUGUAGAUCCAGUAAGAGGAACUGGUCUUUGACUCUUAACUCUAACACAAGCAGUCAUCAAAAAUGUCUCAGAGUAAAUACUCCUGUCAUCUGAAACACAUGAAAUGAGAAAGAAGCGUGGUGUGUAAGGUUGUUAGGUCAGCCGCCUCUUUCCCACCCCAGGAAAACAAUGAACGGAAGUGUUACCCUCUGGAUCUGAUCCAGCUUCCACUAAAGUCCAUGGAAAAAAAAAUCUCACCUUCUCCAGUGGAAGCUGGAUCAGGCCUCAGGUGAAGAAAAACCUGCAGAUCUUGACCAGAGAGUGGAGCAAUCACACACAUCAGUAACGUGUUCCUGUAAAUCCUGUGUAGGCAUAAGAUGCUGUAUAAUUUUGUAACGAGUUUGUAAACAAAGCCUGUAAUAAAUUUGUUAAGGUCUAAUUCUGCUUUCACUGUAGCUGGGGAUGGUUUUAUUGUCAACUUUGGUCGUGGCACACUGAAUUCAAAAUUCCUAUCCAACUAUUUGUUUGGAUGUGUUAAGUAAAUAAGCAAAAUAUUCAGCUCGCAACGCUUGUUUAAUUUAACCAUUCUAAAAAUCACUUCCAAUAGGCAGCUCAGAUGCUCUGUCAAUAUUGUUUUGCCAAUGGAUCUUAUAAACACACAUUUUAUUUAGAUUUUCUCCCAGAUGACCAAAUGCUAUUCUGAAAUUGCCUGUCUGUGUCAAAUAGUAUUUUCUCUGGUUUUUUUCCCCCUAGUUUUUUUACAGUCCAUUUAGUAACAGCAAAAAAUGCUCCACUGAGGUUUUGGGAAACCAUCUGCAUUUAUUUUAUCACCUUUGAACAUGUGUUCAGGAAUGAAGUCUGUGCAGCGAGUUUACUGCUACCAAGAGAUUUGUGCGGCUGCACCAGGAAGAAACUUUGACUGGACUUUACAGAGUGUGUGCUCAAAACCACUCUCCUCAUACUCUGUUAUUUCCAUCCUUUAGCAACCCGAGUCCUUCUCUCCGCUGUACAUUGUGUAUCUGCAGACAAUACCAAACAGGAAAUGAGCCUGAUUGGGAGUUUCAAAAUUAAAAAUUUGAUGAUAAUGACCUGCUAUUUCUGACCUUUCAGCAAAGCAAAAGCGCAGAAACAUUCAUUUCCUUUAAUAGAAACAUUGUGGCAAAAAUCAAUGGGAUUCUGUGUUCUCCACGCUUGGUAAGCGUGUGUAAUUCA